AUGGCUUCCCGUUCGCUAUGGGCGCGCGCACGAGGGAGCUUCCUCGGUGACACCACGCUUCGCCUGCUCGGGCUUGCGACCUGGAUCCCGGUCGUGGUUACAUUCAACGACCAUGUUGCGACCAUCACGAGCAUCAGCGGCGGCUCCAUGUAUCCCUACUAUAACGAGGAUCGCAAUAAGACGACUGCAAAUGAUAUGGUGCUCAAUUGGAGGUGGAAACCCUCCUACGGGCUCCAGAGAGGCAUGAUUGUCACAUUUAGGAGCCCUUUCCAUCCCGAAACCGUAGCGAUCAAGAGAGUCGUCGCGCUGGAAGGCGAAUAUGUCACAACGAGAGCACCGUAUCCGGAGAGAGUGGUCAGGGUACCGCAGGGCCAUAUUUGGGUGGAGGGAGAUGGGCCACAGGAUCAGACGCUGGACAGUAAUACGUACGGUCCGAUAUCUAUGGCGCUGGUGACAGGAAAAUGCAUAUGGAAUAUCUGGCCUUGGCGCAAGUUUGGCCGCCAUGUGAGCGGGACACUAAGAGAGUUCUGGAUUUGGGUUACAGGGUCAUCAAAAGUUUAUGUAUACCAUGAGAUAGUUGGUCAACGACUGGGUACUUUCAGCUUCAACUCCCCUCUGAUCCGGGCAUUUCAAAAUCCCGCCAUCUUUGAAGCGGCGCGGGCUGUCCCGCGUUACAGCUCGGAGCUCUCGGGACCGGGCUUUCAGCUCAGGGCCUUAGAGACGGGAGCUCACCCGACGGUGACGCAGCGGGAGUACAGCAUUGCAUGUGGUCUGUGCACCGCCAACAAAAAUUCCCAGAGUCGGGAACCCUGCAUGAAAUUUCGAUAUCAUUAUCUGCAGCUGCUGCUCCUCCUCGCCGCCGCCAAGUUUUUGACAGCGCCAAUUAACCCACGCGACAAACAACGACGAGGAGGCCUCUCCUUCAAUUUCCCUCGAAGCCCGUUUACUGCGUUAUUUCUCCUGUCGUCCCGCAGCGGGAACUCACCAGUGCCCAACCGCGAAUCUCUCUUCUCCCCUUCGACAUCGAAACCGACCGACGUCAGCAUUUCAGGACCGAGAGGGACCGAACCCUUGACGCAGACCAGAGACUCCCUAGCUCCGGCCGACAAUAACGCGCAAACGAUUCAGGGGGGCAUCUCGGCUUCGACCCCGGCGGCGGCGGCCUCGUUCGAGGAGGAUAGAUAUGCGGUACAGACGGGAGGACUUUUGCCGGAUAUCAGAACAGUCGGACAAUCUUUUAGACAGGAGGAUAUGAGUUUACAAGACGACUCUUUCGAAGAGGAGGGCCGCCCGCCUUACCUCCACGCCAUGAUUGCUGGAGGUGUCGGAGGUUCGACGGGCGACAUGCUCAUGCACUCCCUGGACACGGUCAAGACGCGGCAACAGGGCGACCCGCACAUACCGCCAAAAUACACGUCUCUGGGCUCGUCAUACUACAAGAUACUACGGCAAGAGGGCGUCCGACGAGGUCUUUACGGCGGAUGGAUACCGGCUUUGGGUGGUUCCCUUCCGGGCACGAUGAUGUUUUUUGGGACGUACGAAUGGAGUAAACGGUUUCUCAUCGACCAUGGUGUGCAACAGCACCUGGCCUACCUCACAGCUGGCUUUCUCGGAGAUUUAGCCGGCUCCAUCGUUUACGUUCCAUCCGAGGUGUUAAAGACCCGCUUGCAGUUGCAAGGACGGUAUAAUAACCCCUAUUUCAAAUCGGGCUACAACUACAGAGGAACCGUUGAUGCGGCGCGGACAAUUGUCCGUCACGAAGGACCGGCUGCGCUCUUCCACGGUUACCAAGCAACACUGGCCCGUGACCUCCCAUUUUCAGCACUUCAGUUUAUGUUUUGGGAGCAAUUUCAUGCCUGGGCACGCACCUACAAGCAGAGCAGAGAUGUUGGUGUGCCGCUAGAGCUCCUUACCGGCGGUCUCGCCGGCAGCCUGGCUGGCAUUAUGACAUGUCCUCUGGACGUCGUCAAGACGCGUUUGCAGACGCAGGUGCACCCUGAUCUGUUGCCCAAGGAGAUGAAGCCGGUGGUCAAGGGCGCUGCGCACGCUUCAACGUCAAAAUCUCAGACGCGCAACAUUUCAACGUCUUCACCCUCGACGCAUACCCCGCGACCAGGCGCGGUCAAUCUGCAGACCUCGUCCGUCAUCGAAGGUCUCAAAGUCAUUUACCAGACGGAGGGGCUCAGCGGAUGGUUCAGGGGCGUGGGUCCCCGUGGUGUCUGGACUUUUAUUCAGAGCGGCACCAUGCUGUUCUUGUACCAACGCAUUCUCAAGUCAUUAGAGACUUGGGAUCCACCAGUGGAAGAGCAGGAGCGUGCCAUCUAA